AUGAGAUCCCACACUGCUCUUCUGCUGGUCUCUCUGCUGGUGAUCUGUCACUCGGUUUAUGCAGCUAUCCUAGAAACCAACGGUUCCUAUAAAAGCUGCAGAUGCACAAAGCAGACUUCAGACUUUAUAGCGCCAAGAAAAUAUGAAAGUAUUGAGAUCAUUCCUCUUGGGGGUGCCUGCCGAACCACAGAAAUUAUACUCAAACUAAAAACAGGGCAGAAACUGUGUGUGCAUCCCAAGGCCCCCUGGAUGCAGAAAUUUCUGACUAAGUUACAUAACCAAAAGGAACAAACAGCUUCCUCACACAAAGAAUAGAAGAUUAAACAACUUUAGAAGGAAAAAAGGAUGGAGGGCACAAACCUGAUUGUUUCCUAAUUUUGCUUUUGCUUCCUCUUACCUUUGUCUUGCUC